AUGUCUACAACUCAACCAUCAGACGCGACUAAGCCUCGCAAGUCACUCAUCCUAAAUGCCUUUGUGGAGAUGACCAGCGGCCACCAGUCGCCUGGACUCUGGCGUCACCCCGAGGACGAGUCGCACCGCUUCAACGAUAUCGACCACUGGACGGAGCUGGCUCAGAUGCUCGAGGCUGCCAAGUUCCACGGCAUCUUCAUUGCAGAUGUUCUGGGAGGCUACGAUGUCUACAAGGGACCCCGAAACCUCGAACCUGCUAUCGUCUCCGGUGCCCAGUGGCCUGUGAACGAGCCUUUGGCUGUCGUUCCCGCCAUGGCUGCUGUCACCAAGAACAUUGGCUUCGGAGUGACUAUCACCACCACAUACGAGCAGCCCUAUCACCUUGCCAGACGGUUGUCAACAGUUGAUCACCUUACCAAAGGACGUCUCGGAUGGAACGUCGUCACAGGAUAUCUCGACUCUGCUGCUCGCAACUUAGGCCAAGCCGAACAACCACACCACGAUGACCGCUACCUCCUAGCAGAAGAAUACAUCAAAGUAACCUACAAGCUCUGGGAAUCAUCCUGGCGCCAAGACGCCGUCCAACUCGACCGAGAACGCGGCAUCUACACCGAUCCCACCGGCGUUCGUCAAAUCAACCACGUCGGCAAAUACUACAACGUCCCCGGCCCACAUCUCUGCCAACCAAGCCCGCAGCGCACCCCGGUCAUCCUACAAGCCGGCACAUCCAAAGCCGGCAAGACCUUCGCCGCCCAGCACGCGGAAGCCAUUUUCGUGGCCGGCCACAGUCCCGCCGUCGUCGCCAAGAAUGUAAAGGAGAUCCGCGAGUUGGCGGCUAGCGAGUUUGGACGCGAUCCGCAGAGUAUCAAGUUCCUGGCGCUGUUGUGUCCGAUUCUGGGUAAGACGGAGGAGGAGGCAAAGGAGAAGUUCGAGUAUUAUCGCAGUCUGGGGUCUAUUGAUGGUGCUUUGGCGCUGUUUGGUGGGUGGACCGGGAUUGAUUUGGAUACUUAUGGGGAGGAUGAGGAGUUGAGGCAUGUUCAGAGUAAUGCUAUUCGCUCUGCUGUUGAGGGCUGGUCAAAGGCUACACCGGAGGUUGCGAAGUGGACAAAGAAGACUGUUGGCCAGCACAUUACUGUCGGAGGUCUCGGUGCCACGCCAGUUGGUACACCCGAGCAGGUUGCUGAUUACAUGGAGCGGUGGGUUGCUGAGGCUGAUGUUGAUGGGUUCAAUCUGGCAUACGCCGUCAAGCCCGGCUCCUUCAAGGAUAUCAUCGAUCUGCUCAUUCCCGAGCUGCGCAAGCGUGGUCUCUUCUGGGAUGACUAUGCCGUUCCCAAGGGGACAUACCGUGAGAAUCUUUACUCGCUGCCCGGCCAAUCUGGUCCCCAUGCGGACCACCCUGCUUCGAAGUAUAGAUGGAACGCUGGUGUCGAUGCUAAGGACGCGCAUUUCCCCGAGAACUGA